UUGAGACUGUCUUUUUCUUCAGAAAAUAAUAUGUGGACGUUAGGUUAUGAUGACAAUGGCGGAGAAUUUUGCUUCUCAGAGGCCGCCUUCUUUCAUGCCGCUCGUAAGCUUCGACCUCUCCUCCCUCGCCCAUUGCUAUCCCUUCGUGCCAACGGUCCUCCUAACUUCUCUUCUCAAUAUCACCACAUCGGUAAUGUUUUGGAUGAGGAAAGGAAGAGAGAGUACUUGUUGAAUAAUGAAAAGAGUUCAUCGUCAUCAUCAACGUCAAGUACUACUCCAACAAUACCAAUAGUAGUGAGCUCAUCGAGAUGGAAUCCAACGGUGGAGCAGUUGAGAAUUCUGGAGGAGCUUUACCGGCGGGGGACAAGAACGCCCUCCGCCGAUCAAAUCCAACACAUCACCGCCCAGCUCCGCCGCUUUGGCAAAAUAGAAGGCAAAAAUGUGUUUUAUUGGUUUCAAAAUCACAAGGCUAGAGAACGCCAAAAACGACGCCGUCAAACUGCCGCCGAUCAAACCAAAUAUUCCGAGAGAGAAAAAGAAGAGUACGAAAUUGAAGAGACAAAGACGAAGUGCAGGUGGCCGGGAACCCCAACACCACCAUCUACUGCUACUCUACUUUCAAAGGUCUCCCUCUCUCUCUCUCUCUCUCUCUCUCUCCUUAACUAAUUUUCACAAAAUAAUUAAAACCCAUUUCAUCUUUUUCAAAACCCACAUCAAAGUUUUUAGCUUUUAUCCAAAUACUCGUUUCAAUCUCCAAGGUAUGGACACAAAUCAUUUAUGGUACCAUUAAUAUUUGCAUUGUCGUAUAAGUCACCUCGUACGUUAACUUAUAUAAAUGAUAUUAACAUGGAUCGAUUCGUGAAAAUGUGUAAUAAAACUUAAUUGAUUAUGUUUUUUUUUGUUCUAAGAUUGGUUAAUAAACUUUAAUAUAAAUAAUAGAGAGGGAAUGUUUAGUAAGAACCUAAUCCAUACAAAAUUUCAAAGAUGAUAAUGAAAUUAUAACAUUAAACUUAGAUUUAUUGAGGAGAAGAAAAUGGAAUUGUUGGGAAAUGAAAAAGAGGGGCCCAAAGCUGGUGGUGGUGUGCAUUGGUUGGUUGGGUUAAUGUAAGGGAUGAGAAAUGUUUUGGGGUUUGU